AUGGCGUCCAACUCCUCGCUUGUCUACGACUUACCUCCCCUCCCGUCAUACACCUUAACCCCGAGGGGACCGCUUAUCUCACCAAUCCCCGAUAACAUCCUCGCGUUGAUUCUCCCCAUAGUCGCUUACUGGGGCGUCUCUAUGAUCUUUCACAUCAUCGAUAUUUACGACCUUUUCCCGCAAUACAGACUCCACACUCCCGCCGAACUACUCAAGCGAAACCAUGUCUCACGCGCUGAUGUCGUGAGAGAUGUCAUUUUGCAGCAAGUCAUUCAGACAAUCGCUGGGUUUAGUGUUUCGUAUUUUGAUCCGCCGGAAUGCACGGGAAAGGAAGCUUAUGAUGUAGCGGUUUGGGCGAGACGGAUUCGGAUGGUGCAGAGACUGGUGCCCGGGUUGUUGGGCUUGGUGGGUAUUGAUUCUGUUGGGCUGUCGAAGAGUUUGUCUGGCUUUCCUAUUUUGUCUGCUGCGCUGGCCGGUGGUAUAUAUCCAAACCUCUGGCAGACCAUGGCUCUGGACAAUGGACUUGAAGCCGUGGCUCCGGCAUUUGCAGGCUGGGAGCUCACUUUGGCAAGCUUCAUAUACAAUUAUUUCAUUCCGGGACUGCAAUUCUUUAUUGCCAUUCUGAUCGUGGAUACUUGGCAAUACUUUUGGCACCGAGCGAUGCACCUCAAUCGCUGGCUUUAUGUAAAAUUCCACUCCCGCCACCAUCGCCUUUACGUCCCUUAUGCCUUUGGUGCAUUAUACAAUCAUCCCGUGGAGGGAUUCUUGCUAGACACUGCCGGAGCCGGCGUGGCCUUCCUCCUUACCGGCUUGACAUCCCGUCAAGCAAUGUGGUUCUUUACAAUGUCCACCAUCAAGACGGUCGAUGACCACUGCGGCUAUCACUUCCCCUGGGACCCACUUCAACUCAUCACAUCCAACAACUCGGCAUACCACGACAUUCACCAUCAAAGCUGGGGAAUCAAGACCAACUUCUCGCAACCAUUCUUCAUCUUUUGGGAUCGGUUCAUGGGAACUCGCUGGGAGGGAGAAGUGCAGAUGAAGUAUGAGCGUGCCCGCAUCGCUGCUGAGAAGCAGGUUGAGCGCGAACGGCUCGAGAAUAAUGGCGAGGAUAUCGAUCGUGUCCUCGAAUCCGAACCUGGUCCAUUAGACGUCGCCUCCGAGGAUUUUGCGCAAGAAAAGACGCCCUUCAAGAUUAUUCCUCGGGCAACUCGGUCAGCUUCACGACGGGCUCAUGGUGUAAAUGGCAGCAUUCGCCAGAAGUAA